GCAACUGUGCGCUUACAUACCCGGAAAGCAACCUUCUUCCCUGAUUUGUGACUUUUGGCGAUCUCAGUUCCGGCCAUUACCGUUCCUUCCUAUCAUCAUCAUGCCUUCUGCCACAGGUCAAAACUGGGAGAAAUACAGGAAAACGUUUGCCGACGAUGAAAUAGAAGAGAAGAAGAUCACUCCGCUAUCAGAUGAGGACAUUCAGGUUCUCAAGACGUACGGCGCUGCCCCGUACGGAGCCGCCAUCAAGAAGCUCGAGCAGCAAAUAAAAGAGAAGCAGCAGAGCGUGGAUGAGAAGAUUGGCGUAAAGGAAUCAGAUACCGGUCUUGCCCCGCCUCACCUCUGGGACGUCGCCGCCGAUCGUCAACGCAUGUCAGAGGAGCAGCCGCUUCAGGUCGCUCGAUGCACCAAGAUCAUUCCUGACGAGAAGGACGAGUCUAAGAGCAAGUAUGUCAUUAACGUCAAGCAGAUCGCCAAGUUCGUCGUCCAGCUCGGCGAGCGCGUCAGCCCGACAGAUAUCGAGGAGGGGAUGCGCGUUGGCGUCGACCGCAACAAGUACCAGAUCCUCCUCCCCCUGCCACCAAAGAUAGACGCCAGUGUUACCAUGAUGACGGUCGAGGAGAAGCCAGACGUUACAUAUGGCGAUGUUGGCGGCUGCAAGGAACAGGUGGAGAAGCUGCGCGAGGUCGUCGAGAUGCCGCUGCUCUCGCCCGAGCGAUUCGGCAAUUUGGGCAUUGACCCACCCAAGGGCGCCCUUCUGUACGGUCCCCCGGGUACCGGCAAAACACUCUGUGCCCGUGCCGUCGCCAACCGGACGGACGCCACCUUCAUCCGAGUCAUCGGCAGUGAGUUGGUUCAGAAGUACGUGGGUGAGGGCGCAAGGAUGGUCCGGGAGCUCUUCGAAAUGGCGCGCACCAAGAAGGCAUGCAUCAUCUUCUUUGAUGAAAUCGAUGCCAUCGGCGGGGCGCGUUUUGAUGACGGCGCCGGAGGUGACAACGAAGUCCAGCGAACUAUGCUGGAGCUCAUCACGCAGCUAGACGGCUUCGACGCCCGCGGCAACAUCAAGGUCAUGUUCGCCACCAACCGGCCGUCGACGCUCGAUCCCGCCUUGAUGAGGCCGGGCCGUAUCGACCGUAAGAUCGAGUUUUCGCUGCCCGAUCUCGAAGGGCGCGCCAAUAUCCUUCGGAUCCACGCAAAGAGCAUGUCUGUGGAGCGCGACAUCCGGUGGGAGCUCAUCUCGCGCCUUUGCCCCAACGCCACGGGCGCCGAGCUGCGCAGCGUGUGCACCGAGGCCGGCAUGUUCGCCAUUCGGGCGAGGAGGAAGGUUGCAACCGAGAAGGACUUCCUGAGCGCCGUCGACAAGGUCAUCAAAGGCAACCUCAAGUUCAAUUCGACCGCUGCGUACGCGCAGUAUAACUAGAAUAGGAGCUUGGGGAUCGUUGUCUGCUGUAUGUACGAAUAAAGCUGCAUUGAUUGCAACCUGUUGGUAGUCACAAGGAUGGCAAUGAGCGAGCCAUUUCAGCGACUGCCCCAUGAUUGACGAUACGCUCCUGUACCUUUCCGUGGCCACUUCCCCUCCUCGUCGCUUACGUAUUUGAGUCGUCGCUGUGCGGUCGCUGCCCGCCCGCCGUGCUAAAGUAUCGUACAGAGUACAACAACCUUUUGCGUCCUGUCUCUAAAUGUGGCAUAUGUGACCAUCCUGGCUCUCAUAGUGCUCCUGCUAGUACCACGACGGAUCGCCAUCGCCUCUCACGAACAGCUAACCCAUGCUUUACAGAAACCUAGGGAUGAAAGCCGCCCAAUGGCUAUCCGAUGUCCUCUCCCUCCUGCUCAGUUCAUUGGAGAACCUCCAAAGAAA